AUGACAAAUAGCCCCAAUAUUGCAGAACAAGCAUAUCUUGACUUGUGCGAAAAGAUCAUCAAUCAGGGUGAAAACCGCCCAGAUAGAACUGGCACUGGUACCAGAUCACUAUUCGCGCCUCCACAGCUUCGCUUUGAUUUAUCAGAUGAUACCAUCCCCUUGCUUACCACCAAACGUGUUUUCUCCAAGGCAAUUAUCCACGAGCUACUUUGGUUUGUUGCUGGAUCGACUGACGCUAAAUUGCUUACAGAGAAGGGGGUGAAGAUUUGGGAAGGUAAUGGAUCAAGAGAAUACUUGGAUUCAUUAGGAUUGACUCAUCGCAGAGAGGGAGACUUAGGUCCAGUGUAUGGGUUCCAGUGGAGACAUUUCGGAGCAGAAUAUAAGGACUGUGAUGCUGACUACUCAGGCCAAGGCUUUGAUCAACUCCAAGAUAUCAUAAACAAGUUGAAGACUAAUCCUUACGAUAGGAGAAUCAUAAUGUCUGCUUGGAACCCACCAGACUUCAAGAAAAUGGCGCUCCCACCGUGCCAUGUGUUCUGUCAAUUCUACGUUAACUUCCCUGAAGGAGGAGCCAGGCCCAAGUUAUCAUGCUUACUCUACCAAAGAUCUUGUGACAUGGGUUUGGGAGUUCCUUUCAACAUUGCUUCUUACGCCUUACUUACCAAAAUGAUCGCCCAUAUUGUUGACAUGGACUGUGGCGAGUUCAUUCACACAUUGGGAGAUGCUCACGUCUACUUGGACCAUAUAGAUGCUUUAAAGGAACAAUUAACCAGAACACCACGCGAUUUCCCCAAGUUGUUGAUUAAGGAAGAGAGGAAGUCCAAAAUCAAAUCUAUUGAUGACUUCAAGUUUGAAGACUUCGAAAUUGUAGACUACAAUCCUCACGCACAGAUAAAGAUGAAAAUGAGUGUUUAA